UUCAGGUAGAAAACUCAACGCUUCACACUCUUUACACUGCCCCGUCUCCUUGGCAGUUGAAGAGCAUCAUCCUAUCCGCAGAUCUCCAAAAUGUCUCAGCAGCAGGAACUUCCCACCUAUCAGCAGACUAGCAGCUCACUUGAGCGUCGAGUGACCGAGCUUCAGGAUGAGAAUAAGAGUCUUCGACUGACGUUGGCUCUUCGCACUGACUGUGAGCACGAGCUAGAACGAGUUCGCAAUGAGACGCAUCCGGGAGUUGAGGAGCUCGAGAAGAAGCUCGCCAGUGCUGAGAACGAGAUUCGAGUCAUGGAAUCUACGAAUAAGGAAUUGAUGGCGACGUUGGCUACAACUCGUGAUCAGCUCGGGAAGAUGCUUCGCGAACGGAAUCAGUUGGUGAAGGACGUCGAUGAGUUGCACGAGGAAAUUGAGAAAAUGGAGAGCCUCUACAAUAAGCCGGCCGACUACGCCUCAAACAGUUAUACCGACAACAUGAAGUUGAUGCUUGACGAGCUGAACGAUCAGUGUCGUAAGUGGGAAACUGAGAAGGCCAAGUUGACCGAGCACUUCAAAGAGGCUGAAACUCAGCUCAGAAGAGAGAAUGUUAAGCUAGAGGCUCAGAAGGAGGAUAUCUUGAACCAUACGAAGAACUCUGAGAAGAUGUGGAACGAACGUCUUGAGAACAUCACCGCCGACUUUGAACGACUCAAAUCUUCAUCGAAACCAAGUGGAAUUCGUGCCGACCAGAAAAUGUUCCAGGAGAAUGAGAUGAAGAUUCAGGAAUUGAACAGAAAACUCAAAGAUGCUCUUGAAGCUAUUGAGGAAAUUGAAGACGCCAAUUCGGCUCUCCGCGUUGAUCUCGAAAGAAGAGGAGUCGAGAAGUGCAAGAUGGAAGAAGAGCUCAACUUCCACAAGGGCUUCUUGAUCGCCGAGCAACAGAGCUUUCUCUUAGACUGUGCCAACUUCGAGAACCAAAUUGCCAACCUCAAUAAGGAGAUGACAGAGCUGGAGGAGCUCCGUGACGCCUACAAGCAACAGAUCGGCGAAAUCACCGAGAAACACGCCCAGCAAACGAUGACAUUCUCGAAUGAGAAGGCCAAGUUCUGUCAUGCCAUGGAGCGCGUCGAGGAGAAAUGGAAUGCUGAAUGUGUCAAACUUCGUGAUGAAAUUGGUGGAUUGCAGAAAAUGUUGUUCCAAUCAACCAAGGAAACGAUGGACAAGCGGGAGAUUUUCGACGAGGAAUCUCGUGAAUGUCGCCGCAAAAUCGACGAGCUCGAGGGCCUGUUGGCAACGCAACAAGCAGCGGCGCAACGACAGAUUACUCGACUCCUGGCCGAGAUUGAUGAUCUCAAUGUCCAAUUGAGUGAUACCAAAUCAGUCCAGGCGAACGCAGUGAAGGAGUGGGAUGUCGAGUGUGCUGAGCUGGAAGAGGAGAUCUACGAGUUGAUCGGCAAACGGAAGACUGAAGGAAAAAAGUUGAGAACCAUGCAGAGAAAGAAUACCUGGCUUACCGCGUCGAUUAGACGGCUCUCCGAGCAACGCCGUGAAGAGCUUGCUGCCAAGAAAGAUGAGAUUUUAAAGCUUAAUAGUCUCUGUGAGCUUCAACGUAUGGAAAAAGUCGAGUGGCUCAGUGACUUGAAGAAGGAUGUGAAUGCAUGGAAGAAUGAAACUUCCGUCCGAAUCGAAUUGAAACAGAAGAUCACAGAUCUUGAGGAGCAAAACGAAGGUCUCGAGGAGAAGGUCGAGAACGUGCUUGCCCAGUACAGAAGCGAGUGCGAACUGUACCAGAACAGUGUAUCAAGCCUUCAAAUGGAUCGUGACAGGCUCAGAAAAGAUGUUGAUUUGUACAAAGGAAAGGCCGAGAUACUGUUCACAAAGUUCGGAGAUCUCGUCAAAACCAACGACGAAUUGGAGAAGAAGGCGCAUCAGAAGAUGCUGGAGGCAGACAACUUGCGGAAGACAGUCGAGUUCUCGAACAUGGAAAUGACAAAUGUGAAAGCGCUCAUGGCGAUGGAGCGGGAGCAAAUCCUCGAAGAACGACACUCAACGGUUAGAGAUCUUGAGGAGAAGCUCAAAAAUUUGACAAUGACCUCAUCUAUCAACAAAAAUCUUCUCGCCGAGGCACGUCGUUCGAUCGCCCGGCUCACCGAAGAUGCCAAAGAACAAUCCGAGGCUCAAGAGUUCGAUCGUCUACGCUGGAACGAUCAGGUAGAUCAACUGAAGGAAGUCAACGAGGAGCUCAAGAAGAAUCUGGGCGUCGAGGUGUUGGAAUCAUCCGAUGAUUCGGAUUGUUCCAGUGACUCCUCGAGUGAUUCGGACUGCUCAUCGGAUUCUUCUGAUUCUGAAGAAGAUGAAGAGUACCGUGAUAUGCCAAAACUGAAAGACGAGACAACCGCCGAGAACUCGUGGGAGCUGGUUGGAGAGGAGGAGGAAGAAGCAGAGCAGCAGCAGAAUAACUGAUAAAAUGUAAAUAAAUGCACAAAUUGAAUGUAAUUACAAAUGUGUGUACCAGAGGUGGGCGGAUAUUUUUUCGGAUAUUUUCUAAUAAUGAAUUUAUCAAUAAGUAUUGAUGUAGUUAUUCUGGAAGAAAUGUAUCCAAACCAAAGAGUAACUAUUAAGCAACAUUUUAAUAUGAUAAAACCUAGAAAAAUUCAACAAGUUUUCCUUACCGAGACCUUAAAACUUAUUAGCCGAGCAACAUCGGAUUUUACGGAUAUCGGAUAAUGGACUUGCAUAUCGUUUAUACAGAAAAUUUGUAGAAUUUUUCUAGGUUUUAUCAUAUUAAAAUGUUGCUUAAUAGUUACUCUUUUGUUCGGAUACAUUUCUUCCACAAUAACUACAUCAAUACUUAUUGAUAAAUUCAUUAUUAGAAAAUAUCCGAAAAAAAUAUCCGCCCACCUCUGGUGUGUACCAACUUCUAUAGUCGUACUGAUCGCAAAUUAGUUUUUUAUUGUUUCAAAAACAUGUACAAUUGUACAAUUUCCCCCUUUUAUUCCCCCCCCCAAUCAAAAAAUUUCAUUUCCUUCUUAUUUUUUUGUUUUGUGAAUUUUAAAAAAUUCAAAAAUUUGUAGUCCCCCUCCAAAAACCCCUCUGAUUCUCACCGCCGAAUAUUUUUCCUAAUUUCUUUUCGCUUUUUUUUUCUCUUUUUUCCCUAAAAUUUCAAGAUAAACGAUGAUUUCAAUUCAAA